UGAGUUAAUCACAGCUUUAACAUGAUCCCUUUUCAUGAAGUGUGAGUUUAGGGGGUGGGCAGGCAUCUGCCUGGUUUCUGGAGUAUUAUGGGGUCUGGGAAGGGGGGAGGGGACAAAAUUGUCAGAUGACGGUUAUGGAAGUAGUUACGAGCGGUUGGCAAGACAAGAACAUUUGAGAUCUGAAAAUUUAAUUAAAGCCUAUAGACCCAGGACAGCCAGGGAAGCGUUCAGACUUGCCGGACGAAUUGCUGAAAAAGAGGCGAAGAAGGAGCCAAGGCAAUCCGUCUCUCUUCUGUUUGAUAACACUAGAGGAGGCAAAGGAAUAAGAGUUGAUGUUCAGGAUGUUGUCGAAGUGACUACUUCAAGAUGGAACUUUGGAGGGUUCCGAAGUUUUAGAAAGGUUGGCAGGAAGAACGAUUGGCCUGACUCGGACAUUGAUGACUCGACAUCUGUGGAGAGACCCGCAGUCAACAGAAGGUUCGAUUCUGGAAAGCCGGCAAGAAAAGUCAGAUCAGAAAAAGCAGGCUUUGUAAACCAACAAAAACCAAAGAAGUCACGAUCAAAACGAGAUGUUAGCGGUCUUUCAGACGAAAGUAAUGUUGGGAUUAGCGGUGUUUUAGACGAAAGUGAUGAAGGUGGGGGGUUUAAUCUUCCUCCGAUGUCAAACGAAUGGAAAAUCAAGCUCAAAAAGAAGAAGAAAAAGAAAAAGAAGAAAACUACAGAGGCACCUGUUACGAAGAAAAUGCAGACAAAAUCUAAGAAAUUCAGAAUUUACAUGGAGAGUGAUGAGCUGAAUUUGAGAAAAGUGAAAGUUGGGAAAAAACCAAACAUUGUCAGAGAUUUGUCGAGGGAACUUGACGAACUGCUAAAUGUGGAAGACUUUGAGCUCGCUACAAGCGCUCCUACGGAACCACCAGUGACUGUGACAACAGAAGCAAAGAAGUUUGUUGAAGUCCCCAAAAACUGGCAAGUUGCGCCAUCUUGGAAACCACCCACUCUUCGCCCCAUUGUUCAAGGUAUACAAGUUGGCAAGAGACGUACCGGUAUUGUAACCAUCGGUCCUCGGGUAUACAGUGACGAAAAUCUACCAUCUGUCGCAGAUGUGAAGCCCAGAGAGAAUGAAGCAACCACAUUUGAUUGGAGGAACUAUGAGAAUCCGUUGAACCCAAGCACACACAAGAUCGAGUUCAAACCUGCGCCCGACGACUGGCCGGAGCCGACACAUCCCUCGGACGGCAUCUAUGAUUGGCACAAGGCUCAGAUUAGGAAGGGUCACACCAGUCCAAAGCCAUAUUUUGCACCUCAUGAUCAAAAAGUGCAUCCAACUUGGACAUGGAAGACAGCCAGCUUAGUUAAGGAAAACAUGCACCAACGUAACGAAAUGAUGAAACGACAGGAUGAAAGUAACAUUUACCAACGAAACGAUAUGUGGCAGACGAGGCCAUGGAUACCCCAAGUAAAGUCUCUGAGUACGUGGCCUCCUAUUGCCACAAGAGGUGUUUACACAAAUACAUAUGAAAAGAAAGAAGCAAUGGGUGAUGAGUUUUUGGACGAAACACCACAAAUUCUCGGACGAAAGGGUAACCAGCGCAAAACUGGAUUAAUGGAAGAAGUUCACUUAACUGCUGGUCCGCCUUUGGCCACAGUAGAGCAACCCUUUGCUGUCGGUUCCCUACAGCCCGAGACCGGAGCAGUCGCUCUCAACAACGAGCAGGAGAGUCAUCAGUACAGCUACCACUACGGGCCGCAGCACUCUUCCUGGCAAAGCAACACACAGGGUCAACAAAAGUCAGGCCAUGGUAUUGAACAGUACCAGAGCUACCAGAAUUACCACGCCAACCACUCCAGUAACUCAUACAGCCAGUACUACCAACACUAUGAAAGUAGACUAGGCAACAAGACCGCGGAAGUGCAUUACGAGAGCGGGCAUCAUUACGAGGACCCUAGUCAGGCCACGGGCCACUACCAGGCCCACUAUCAGUACCAGGAGCGGCCCAAGGCCAACCCGCAACAACAACAAGUCAUCCAACAACAACAACAUAGGAUAAUGCCUCCGGCUUACUUCUACAGUGUGCAUGGACAGUCCACAAUGAGGGUACCUUUCAGAGCUCCGGAUGAGUAUGCAGGAAACGAUCGAGAUUUGAGGGCUCCUCUACCCCAGAAACCAGUUUAUGAAUACCCUGAAGCCCAACACAGCCUGUACCCUACCAAAGGAUGGCUUGGAUACCGGUUCAACAGAAUGGGUCCCAGAAGAGGGUUCGGCAGCAGGUUUAGAAGACCGAUGUUUCGCACCAUUUUCCAGGCUCCGUUACAAAGAGAUACUUGGACCACCACACUCCCCGAGAGACCACCAGCCAGCACAGAGCCGUAAUAAGAAGAAGUGAUUUGUA